AUGCGAAACGGCUUGAAAGGAGCCCUUAAGAGCCAAACUCUGGAUGACUAUAGUUUUGUGAAGACAAAGUGCUAUCAAACUAUGAUAGAGAACCUAUGCAAUUCUUUCAAUUGUUUGUCAACUAAUUAUCCGGACAGUAAUAAAAGUCAACACAUAAUACCGCAAUAUUUGUCACAAUAUAAUCAAAUGGGAGCUACAAAUCAAAAUGAAAAGUUGUCGACAAUAACAUCAAGUACAAACUCUUUGCCAAAAGAAGGUUUGACUCCAUAUCAGGGGAGAAAGCGUUGUUUUGGUGAAUAUAAGUGCUCUAAAUGUAAAAGAAAGUGGAUGUCUGGCAAUAGUUGGGCCAAUUCUGGGCAACAGUGCAUUAAAUGUCAUGUUAUGGUUUACCCACACAAACAACGGCCGUUGGAUAAACCGGAUGGUCUGGAUGUGAGCGAUCAGAGCAAAGAGCACCCACAACAUCUCUGUGAAAAAUGUGUUAUCUAUUGA